UCCAAUGGAUUCCCCAAGAUUGGUCAUUCGAUCAGCUGCUCCUCAUUAAUAAACCGUACAAUCCUACAAGAUACAAGCUGUGUCACAAUGACGUCUAGGAAGAAAGUACUACUCAAAGUCAUCAUCCUGGGAGACUCUGGAGUUGGGAAGACGUCGCUGAUGAACCAGUAUGUGAAUAAGAAGUUCAGUAACCAGUACAAAGCCACAAUAGGAGCUGAUUUCCUAACGAAAGAAGUGAUGGUGGAUGACAGACUUGUCACCAUGCAGAUCUGGGACACUGCAGGGCAGGAGAGGUUCCAAUCUCUGGGUGUAGCGUUCUACCGCGGGGCAGACUGCUGUGUGCUGGUGUUUGACGUGACUGCCCCCAACACCUUUAAGACGCUAGACAGCUGGAGGGACGAGUUCCUUAUACAGGCCAGCCCCCGAGAUCCCGAGAACUUCCCCUUUGUGGUGCUAGGCAACAAGAUUGACUUGGAGAACAGACAGGUGACGACCAAACGAGCACAGGCGUGGUGUCAGAGCAAGAACAACAUCCCCUACUUCGAGACCAGCGCUAAGGAGGCCAUCAACGUUGAACAGGCUUUCCAGACUAUCGCACGCAAUGCUCUUAAACAGGAGACAGAGGUAGAGUUGUACAAUGAGUUUCCUGAACCGAUAAAGCUGGACAGGAACGAACGGGCCAAGCCAUCAGCGGAGGCCUGCAGCUGCUGAGGAGCUAGGAGACCUACAGGGGACAACUGUUUGCCCUGCUACUCUGUCUUGCCUUGUCUACCCUUUAUCCCCCAUGCCCCUGUGUGCUCUCCUCUGCCCAAUAUCAUCACUGGCCUUCGUAGAUGCAAGCAGAGUUCCGCUCGUAAAUUAUACUUUACACACACACACACACACACUGGACUCAUCCCUGUGUACACAUCACACACAUUACUCUCAAGAUGAGUCUCCAAGCCCAAAGAACACCCAGAUGGAUAUUAGAGCAUUUAACAGCAUAUCUGCUUAUUUCCCCUAACCUGUCUCAAACACCUUUUUAGAUGCCAUUGUUUCCAUGGCACCAGCAUCAUAACAUUUUAUAAGGGGGGUUAGAUGUAGUUGACUCCCAAAGUUCCAGUGGUGAAGGAUCAGAUUGAGUAAUUUAUAUCAAUGGUGUGUGGGGGUUAUACCAAUGUACUGCCUAAAGAUACAUGUGUUAAUUUGAUUGGAUAUAAACUAGCAAAUCCAACAUACAAGUGUGUUGAAGGCAUUUUUUUGCACUUUGUUGUCAUGUAUGCUUAUUCAAACCCUAUUUGACACCUUAUUUUGGAGCCACAAUAAACACUUUUUAAUGUAUUUUUUUUAGCUCAAGGCAGAAGAGGAAAUAUGGAUUCUAACUCUGCUCCCCAACUUCCAUGAUGUCCUCAACUGCCCUACACAUUGUUUCUCAAUGGGGGAAAAGUCAAGUGGAAAAUUAUUUUGUCAACAUUGAGACCUGACACGGGGUAGAGAAUCAAACCAAGGGAGAUAUUUUCAGAAUAGAAAUCUCUUUACUAUUAUUAGCUAGUACCUGUCUUCUUUUUACGCUGUCAACUAUUACAAACUUUUGUCAAUCGUUUAAGGCAAGAACCUGUCUUGUCAGUUUCUCUCUCUGCCGAUAGCUCAGGUUGGCAAAUAAUUUAAGUGCUUGAUUUUUACUCUUUUUUUUUUUUUUACUGAUCAGAUCUUUUGUCUGUUCGCAUAUCAUGUUUAGAAUUUGAAUUGCAUCAGGACAUAUGGGGGAAAUGUGUAAGCUUUAAUCAAAUGAUAAAUGCACUUAAUCUACAUUGUUUGAAAAUGUCUUUGGGUUUCAGGUAGUAAUAAUGGUUAUUGAAUAAAGAAUCUGUGUGUGUUA